CGCUGAAGAGGACCAGCAUGUGCACCGUCUCCAGGGCGAAGGCUGUCCUGGCGGCGCUCAGCAUCCUCGCCGUCGGCGCCUGCCUGCCCUUCCUCUUCCUCACCGGCAUCGCCAUCAAGCACCACAACAUCACUGAGGAAGGAGAAGUUCGGACGGAAGAGGUGGAGAUGUGCCAGCUGAUGGAGGGACACGAGAAAAUAGCCGAAACACUGAACCACCUGGACACCAUUGUUACCCUAAUCAUACCAUUCCUCAUCAUCGUCAGUCUAAACACACUCAUAUCGAGGACGGUCUGCCGAGUAGCGAGGGUUCGGCGGUCGAUGACGAAGAGCACAGGGGCAGGUGGAAGGCAGUCGGCCAAGCAGAGGACCUCAUCCUCUCAGACCAAGGUCACCGAGAUGCUCCUCGUAGUAUCCACAGUCUUCAUCGUCCUCAACCUACCAUCCUACGCCAUUAGGAUGUACGUCUAUAUCAACCAGAAAGGGGAGGAGGAGCGAGCGGUGGUGGUGAUCCAGCAAUAUGCACAAUUGCUCUUCUACAUCAACUUCGGAAUCAACUUCGUCCUCUACUGCGUCAGCGGGCAGAACUUCAGGAGGGCAUUGAUAUCGCUCUUCUGCCCGGACAUCAGGAGGAGGGCUGAGACCACCCAAGUAACAACAGGUUAUUAGCGAAAAAUAACUAAGACAGUAAGAAAUUUAAAAACACUUAUGUGGCUGAAGUGCUCUCGAUCAAUCUCCGCUGGCUUUAGUACCAGUGAUGCGGUUGAGAGAGAGUCUCCUGGAGUUCCCUCGCUUGAUUGCAAAUAGUGUAUAUAGUUGUGUCAGAGUACACGAGAAGCGCCAGCACAAGAAGGACAGUGACAGUGAACGGCAAUUGGAGAGAAGCACACGAGAUGGUACCCAUCAACAGACCCCAUCUCCACUAGAGAAAUAGCUGUCUGCCAUCUAGCGCAUAGAGGGCCUCGUGUGCAAAGACACUAAACGGACACGUGUUUUCCACAAACUUUUAAGAGUAAUGCUUUCUUUCUGGUACUAGAAGAGGAAAAAAAAAAUCAAAGAUGACUAAAUCCAAUGACAAAUAAAUGUUGCAUGUUGGUAAAUUGUUGUCUUAUUCACUUCAAUCGGGGUUCGACAAUAUUGACAAGCAUUUAUCAACAUGGCAGCUCAUAAUAAAACUCAAAGUGACUUGGAGAUUUUGAGGUCCAAGAAAAUUUAAAUAGGUAAGUAAAUAUUAUGACGAACAAAUUUGAUGGCCAAUCGGAUGUGAAGAAUACAAUAAGAAGUUAGGACCGGCCUUAUAAAUAAACAUCUCUAAGAAAGUUCAAUAGGAACAAAAUACUGAUGGUUACCUUUAAAAGUAUAUCUUUAUAGCCUUAUUUAUGGACCUUUAUAAGGGAGGUUAGAACAUCUCAUAUAAAAGGUUUCAUUUAAUUUCACGCAUUUAGCUUCAUUCAACAGAUUUUUAAAAAAUAAAUUUACCUUUUAUAUUUUUCAUAGUUAAGAUACCUUUAGAUCAGUAGCAGAUUCAGGAUUUAAUUUUGGAGGAACUUCUUUUUAAAUACUUUUGAAAUAAUAAUAAAAAAUCUACCAACAUAAAAUCGGUAAUUACGGGAAAAUAAUGCUUUUAGAGAUUCUUGACACUUGCUUCCAUUUAGCAGCCCUAUAUGCAUAAUAAUUUAAAAAUAAAAUGUAUUGUGAUUGAAGUAUUUUGUACUGUUCUCUAUGGUAUUCCUUGACGAUUAAACCGUACAUGUAGAAGAGAUAUGCAUGGAGAAAGACGUACUUACUUUUCGGAUAGAAAUGGAAAAAGGUAAGAUUGUGAAGCAUAGAAAGAAAACAUUUAAUUUAAGCCACUUAUGCGUUCCAACUGUAAACGAACAUAUAAGGACCGAAUACAAACGAUUCAUCCUGAUAACGAAUGGAAAAUAGACAUAAACUUGAUAUAUGAGGGAUAUUCUAUUAAAAAUGUAUAGCGACAAAGGAAAAAUAUACGUUAAAUAUUAAACAAAUAAAAAUAUAAUACAAAGUAUGAGUAACGCAUCUGAAGUAGCUUAUAUCAGUUAUUCUCACAGUGCUUGAAUAAUAAUGAAAUUGAUAAAUAAAAAUCAAAGAGUAGAUAAACUAAGAGCUGUCGAAUCUAUGAGAACAUCCAUAGUAGAAACAAAAACAUAGUAGAAGAUUUGAAUACUGGCGUAUUCAGACAAACGUAGAUUUGAAAACACGAAUCAUAUUAAACGCUGUACGAAAUCAGAACUUUCUUGUUUGCAAUUUAUACAUUGCAGAAGUCUAAAUCACCUUUCUCAAAUAAUUGACAGGACUAAGAAGUUCACAAUUGAAACUGAAAGUUCUAAAAAUUAGUUAAUACUAUUGAUAUUUUAAAAAUAUAUUUAUUUUAUUUCUCCUCCAUCAUUUCUUUAAAAGAAGGAAGGCAUUACUCCAAAACCGCCAAAAUGUUCACUAAGAACGACAUAUAAGCAUUACCUAUAUAGACAUGUAUAUGUAUUUAUUGUGUAUAUAUGUGAAGAAGUGUUCAUACUUAUAAAUAUAGUAAGUAAGCUUUCAACUAAAUUCUAGUCGUAUCUUUUCUGUAAGUACUUAUUAUUAUUAUUAUUAAUAUUGCAUCUAUGUAAAUAUACACUGUUCAUCUAUAUAAUGUUACCUUACUUGAACAUAUCGACAGAUUUAUAUUUUUAAUUGAAUUCUACACAAAUUGGAUAUAAAACAUUUAUUGGAUGUUUUACAAUAACUCUUGUAGAUACUAUAUGGAAAUACAUAUAUAAUGCUUUGUAUUAUAUAAAUAUUUAAUUCGUUUCAAUGAAAAUAAAUAAGAAUGUACAUAUAUACGAAUAUUUAAGGUUGUAACAACGAUAAGUAUAGUAUUUAAUUAAUGUAAUAGUGUGUGUUGUAUUUUUAUGUUGUAUAAGUGUUGUCGUCUAUUUAAUUAAAUAUUUCUCCUCCAUAAGUUGUAAAUAUAUGUAACUUCCAGAAAUGUAUUAAUUAAUGGCUACAAAGUGUUUAGCUUGUGUUGAUAUUAAAUAAAUCAUGAUCCAAAGUA